AUGAGUACCGACACCUCUGAAAGUAUCAAGAAUCCAAGACCAAUUAGGAAGCUCGAGGAUUGCGUUGUAAACAGAAUCGCAGCCGGUGAGAUCAUUCACAGACCUGCCAACGCGUUAAAAGAAUUGAUAGAAAAUUCCCUAGACGCUGGUGCAACCAAUAUCCAGAUCUUGAUUAAAGAGGGAGGCUUGAAGCUCCUUCAGAUUCAAGAUAACGGGCAUGGAAUUAGGAGAGAAGAUAUGGCUAUUGUAUGCGAGCGAUUUACUACGAGUAAGCUCACAAGUUAUGAUGAUUUAUCGCGCAUCAGCACCUUUGGCUUUCGAGGAGAAGCGUUGGCAAGCAUAAGUCAUGUGGCACAUGUCACUAUCACCACGAAAACAGCAGACUCUAAUUGUGCAUAUAG